CGAGCUCAUCGCUACUACAUUUUAGCCGCAGUAAGGAGUGCGUACCAGGGCGUUUAGCCCGUAGUGUGAACCAUCUCCCAACUUCGUAACAUGAUGACCGUGCUGCCUAUCGCCGACACGACCACGCCCGCCAGCAAGAAGCGGCGCCGCAGCAUUGAACCCGUGGACUCUAGCAAGAUUCUGGCCAUGCCGCUGAGCAUGUCGCCGCGUUCGAUGGCGUCCAGCCCCGUCCGCGCCGCACUCCAGCAGACCGCUGCAGUCAAGCACGCCAGCCGGAGCGAGGACCUACUGCGCCGCAGCCUCAUGGGCCUCUCGUUGCAGCUCAAGCUUAAGAUGAUUCUCGUGGAAGCCUGGGCCUCGGACAUGAACAGCGUCGUAAUGGAGCGCAACCUCUUCUCUAUUGCCAAGGAGCUCGCUGUUCUGAAAGAGAUGGGCGUCUACGAGCAGCACACGUGUGUGCGAUUUCUGGAGCUGGCGCGCAACCGCAUGGCGCAGCUCCUGGAGCAGACAGAGCGUCACGAAACGCUGCACAUGGAAGCCGAGCAGAUGUGGACCAUGGCGCUCAUUCAGGCGCAAGAAGCCGUCGCCACACCGCCCACCAGUCCAUCCGCUGUCAGCGAGUUCCCGCUGCUCAGCGGCUUCGAUGCCAGCAGCCGCGAUAUUUCAGUGCUGUGGCGCGCCAUGUCCAUCGCGCGGGACCGCGGCGCUCAGCUCUGGCACGAGAACAAACCCGAACAGGCGCUGCCCUUUUUGCUGGCCGCUGAUUCGUACAUGAAGCGCUUUACGCUCAAGUACCAACGCCUCAAAGUGGACCACGCAAUGGUAGACACACUUCAGAAGCCGUCUGUUCAGCCCAAGCGCACGCCCUCGCGCGUGUCGUUCGCCGAGGAACCACAGGUCAUGGGAAUCGCAGAUGCCGAGGUGGAUCGAACGCCCAUCUGCCCGACCAAGCCAUCCAAGCUAGAGUCGUUACUACUGCGCACGUCGCGCGAGUUCCCGACGCCCCCAUUUUAGAUGCCAAAUCAUUUAUCAACUCAGGUCUCAAAGGAAGGCCCACGUACAGUAUUCUAGCAAGCUGAGAGUAACUUAUGAGCAAUUGUUCAGACAAAUCAUCAUCAUCAAA